CUCCUCACAUUGGGCAGUGACAGUGAACCAUUGCCGGGUUACGAAAACCACCGUAACCGCAGCAGCCCUUGUUCGCAGCUAGCUAGCAUGGCGGCAGUGCGUAGCUUACGGGUGUCGGUGAACUCGGACAGCGGCUCGGACCGCUCGGAAUCGGACUCCGACUCGGACAGAGAUGUCCGCGAGGCCGAACCGAUGGAAGUGGAGGAGGGAGAGCUGGAGACGGAGGACAUUUCCGUUAACCGUUCCCUUAAGGAGCUGCUACCGGACACGAGCCGGCGAUAUGAGAACAAGGCCGGAGCCUUCAUCACGGGGAUAGACGUCAACUCAAAGGUACGCUGGCAAGAGGAGGAAGACUUCAAAGGUUCCUACUGGAGAGGGACGGGACUAACCUGGGGGGGG